CUCGAAAUAUCCACCAAUCAAAACCUCGUGUAUGGAGUGCAUAUUAUAGGACCUCACCUCAAUGCAGACGUAUACGUGUAUCGAAAGUUGUAAGGAUUAUGUAACGAAAAUGGAGGACCACGUGAUGAUGGCUUGACGAGCUCCACCAUAAAAUUAACAAAGGAAAUGGCAACACCCACCUCCUGGGCACAGCAUGUCAUCACAUGUGACCUUUGUGAUAACCCCACCCAGCAGUUCUGUAAUAACUGUCAACUCAGUCUGUGUGUGGACUGUGUUAGUAAACACGUGGACGCUCACAAGCGGCUGGCCCAUGACAUCGUCUCCUUCACGAACAGAAAGAUACAGCUCGUCUACGCCGAGUGCAAACUUCAUCCUGACCAAAGAUGCGAAGCCCACUGCCGGCAGUGUGAUGUCCCGGUCUGCAUGAAAUGUGUCCUUGGUCCUCAUAAAGGUCAUGAUGCGGUUGAAGUUUCAAAAGUUAUCGACAGCAGGAAAAAAGAAUUACGAAAAGACAAUGAUGAGAUUAAAACUGUUUUGAUUCCGAAGUAUACAAAAUGCGAGGCUGAUAUGAAAAGUAAAAUCACAAAAGCAAAUGCUAGAUAUGGCUUUUUGGAGAAUGAAAUUGAGAAGAAAAGAAAUUUAUGGCACCAAGAAGUGAAUGUCAUAUUUGAUACCAUGGGUUCAAGGUUACAAUCAACGAAAGAAAAUCAUAUAGAUACCUUAACAACUCGUCAUGCCUCGCUCAGGGACGUGAUUUUACAACUGGAAACCCAACUUGAAGAAAAUAAGAAAAUCCUGAAGUCCAUUAAAACGUCGGAGAUAAACAACCAUAAAUCCAAUCUGAAGGAAUACAGGGACAUCGUUAUAGAGACUGAUGUGGACAUUCCUUCUUUGAAAGCAAGCGCAGUCCAAGGACAAGAGUUCAGCGUGGAGUUGGGAGAAUUCAAAGCCACACUGAUGCAGACUUCAAAGCACGCGGAGACGGAUAAAGUCUCGCCAUCACCAGUAAAAGAUUUGUUCGACAAUGCCAGACUGAUUUCCUCCAUUUCUCAUAAGAUAAAAGCUCUCAGGAGUAUGUCAUGCGUCGGAACAGAUGAAGUUUGGGUGAUGGGAGAAAAGUAUGUACCGACAAGGAUUGACAUGCGCGGCGCUGUACAGAAAACGUGCUCUGCCAAAUGUUCCAAAAACGACAUCACUGUGAAUAAGGAAGGUGAUCUGAUAUACAGUGAUUCUGAAAGAGGAAUUGUGAACAUAUUUAGAAAUGGAAAGAUAGAGACAUUGGUCGUUUUACAAGGCUGGACACCGGAAGGAAUAUGUUGUACCCGAUCAGGUGAUAUUCUUGUCAGUAUGAGUCUUGAUCAAAGCCGAUCUAAAAUUGUUCGAUUUAAGGGACAAACAAUCACACAGGAAAUAGAUAAGGACAAGGAUGGGAAGGAAAUAUUCAAAGGAGGACAGUUCAUGCUUUUUGUGGCGGAGAAUAACAAUGGAGACAUUUGUGUUUCCGAUCAGAAUGCCGGAGUUGUAGUCGUCGUGAACGGGUCAGGAAAAGUCCGGUUCCGAUACGACGGCAAAGAAGCCAUGAAGAAGGCGUCCUUAAGUUUUGGUCCGUUCAAAAUAUCCAGAGAGAAGGCUUUUGACCCCCAGAUGAUAGUCACAGAUUCCAUGAGUCGCAUCAUAGUGGCAGAUGAUGACAAUCAUCGGUUGCAUAUCCUGGAUCAGAACGGACAGUUCCUGAAAUGUUUUGAAAGUCCUGAAAUAAAACACCCAGGGGCGAUAAGUGUGGAUAGUUCCGGAAGGCUGUGGGUGUCGCUGAAAGCUGUUGGUGAAAUUAAAGUGAUUGAAUAUACCGCGGCGAAAGAUGCCUCAGCUUGAUUGAUAAAGUGAAUAGCUCUUCAGGUGUUGAAAUGCAAACUAAAAAGAAUUUUGAUUCAAUCAACGUACCGUCUAAGUAAUUACUAUAAUGCAAAUCAAAAUAUUACUUUAUUGACUUGUUUAUCAAUUGUAAAAAUAUCAACAGUAUAUGCACCAAAGCUUUAGUUAAGUUGUAUGUAAUUUGUAUGAUACACAAUAAGAUCAGAUCACUAUUAUAUGCUAACUGAAGUAUUUGCUUUUGUAAAUGAUCAAUAAAUCCGUAUUUGUGAUAAGAUAUGAAUCAUCUAUAUACAUGUAUUAUAGCUAACAAAGUCACAAUCACUCAUCUUUUAGGUAAUGACAAAUCCGGGAUUUUAUAUAAGGGGGGGGGGGGGUCUAGAAUUUCCCGCGAAAAAAAUCUAUGAACAGAAAAAUAAAUCGUCAUAAACAAAGAGGCACAUGGACCGAAUCCUUCACCUGCGUCGUUCAACUAUUGGGAUUUUAAAGUAAUUCCACCCUCCUGUGAUGUCAUCAGAUUUUGCAAAAUCAAUGAUUUGUUUAGAUUUAUACAUGAUAGGAACAUCAGUUUUGUUGGAGUAUUUUUUUAUAGUUAUUGUAAAAAAUCUUGUUAAAAAAUAAAAUAUUUUAAAAGUCUAAGUUAUCGAUGAAUAACCAAUGCAAAGUGUCAAAAUAUUGAAUUCAAGAGCAAUGACUCCGUUUUUAUUGAUUUCUCUAUCAAGUUUAUUAUGCAAUAGAUUUCCUUUAUAUUUUUUUGCAGACAUUUUGUAUAUUUUUGUGAAGAAACAGUUUCACGAAAUUGUUAUGAAUGCUAUUAUAUCGUCAUAACCAGUUUCUAUUAAAUUCCAAUGAUGCUGUUGAAGGAAAA